AUGAUGGCUUCUGACUUUGACUUCGAUUUUACCACCUGGAAUAGCUAUCCGUCAUCAACAAUCAACUCUUCAUCCAAGGAGCGGCCAAUUCUCUUCUCAUCUGCUAGGAUCCAGAAUGUUGUUUCCCAAGAUCUGAGCGCUCAAUAUGCUGCUCGCGUGAGCGAAGCUGAAGCUCUCGGAGAGUCACUCGUGAGCAUCAUUCAAAUCAAGAAAUAUACCCCUACAGUUAUCACGAUUCUAGAGAGUUGUUUCUCUGAAUUCCCACGGGAUCUUCUUGAAAAUGUCGUUUUGAACAAAUCCAAUGGCCAAAAUAUCUCGGUCAUUCCAAGUACUCAUGAUGAAUCAACGGGCAUCCGAUCUCUCAUGAACUUCCCAUUUGUCUCGCGAUCUUCGAACACUUCCGAGACAGAGACCCACAACCGCGUCAGUUUCUUGCCAGUGGCUGUCUGGAUCUGCCCAUCUUCAUUCAUCAAGAACUCGUAA